AUUACGCACGCCAACAUCACAGGUCACGUGACAUGACGUUGUGGACGUGUCAUUCGCGGAUGGCUCGUUGGCGGCGUUGCGCAGGCUCUUUCUCGUGAAAAAGUCUUAUUGGAGUGUUACUAAUGAACAAAAGUUGAAUGGUUUUUACCGUAUUGAUCAGUUAAUAUUUUAGUUAGGAUAAAUAAAUCGCAAUAAAUCAAAAUGGGAAUCAAAUUCCUCGAAGUUAUAAAGCCGUUCUGCAGUAUAUUACCAGAAAUAGCGAAACCAGAAAGAAAGAUCCAAUUUCGAGAGAAAGUAUUAUGGACUGCAAUCACACUAUUUAUUUUCCUAGUAUGCUGUCAGAUCCCCUUAUUUGGUAUAAUGUCAUCAGACAGCGCAGAUCCUUUCUAUUGGAUCCGUGUAAUCCUGGCCUCAAAUAGAGGUACCCUUAUGGAGCUUGGAAUUUCACCCAUUGUCACAUCAGGUCUUAUCAUGCAACUGCUGGCCGGUGCGAAGAUUAUUGAAGUUGGUGAUACACCAAAAGACAGGGCUUUGUUCAAUGGCGCUCAGAAAUUGUUUGGUAUGGUGAUCACGGUGGGUCAGGCCAUAGUGUACGUAAUGACUGGCAUGUACGGAGAACCGAGCGAGAUUGGUGCCGGAGUGUGCCUCCUCAUCAUUAUCCAGUUGUUUGUAGCCGGUCUCAUUGUGUUGCUGCUUGACGAGUUGUUGCAAAAAGGAUACGGUCUGGGCUCUGGUAUUUCCUUGUUCAUUGCCACUAACAUUUGCGAAACCAUCGUCUGGAAAGCGUUCUCACCGGCAACCGUCAACACUGGUCGCGGCACAGAGUUCGAAGGCGCAGUGAUAGCGCUGUUCCACUUGCUCGCCACCCGCCCGGACAAGGUUCGAGCCCUGCGCGAGGCCUUCUACCGCCAGAACCUGCCCAACCUCAUGAACUUGCUCGCCACCGUCCUCGUCUUCGCCAUAGUCAUAUACUUCCAGGGCUUCCGCGUAGACCUACCGAUCAAGUCGGCGCGGUACCGCGGCCAGUACUCGUCGUACCCGAUCAAGCUGUUCUACACCUCCAACAUCCCCAUCAUCUUGCAGUCCGCGCUCGUCUCCAACCUUUACGUCAUCUCACAGAUGUUGGCGGUGAAGUUCAGUGGUAACUUCCUGGUGAACUUACUUGGCGUGUGGGCGGACGUGGGCGGCGGCGGUCCCGCCCGUGCCUACCCUGUGGGCGGGCUGUGCUACUACUUCUCGCCCCCGGAGUCGCUCGCACACAUCGCGCACGACCCGCUGCACGCGCUGCUCUACAUCGUCUUCAUGUUGGGAUCCUGCGCGUUCUUCUCUAAGACAUGGAUCGAUGUCUCUGGCUCAUCAGCCAAGGAUGUCGCGAAGCAACUAAAAGAACAGCAGAUGGUGAUGCGAGGCCACCGCGACAACUCGAUGAUCCACGAGCUGAACCGGUACAUCCCGACGGCGGCGGCGUUCGGCGGGUUGUGUAUCGGCGCGUUGUCGGUGCUGGCGGACUUCCUCGGCGCCAUCGGCUCCGGCACGGGUAUCCUGCUGGCCGUCACCAUCAUCUACCAGUACUUCGAGAUCUUCGUGAAGGAGCAGGCGGAGAUGGGUGGCAUGAGCACGCUGCUCUUCUAAACUGCGCGAGACGCGUCGGUGACAACGCCGCGUCUCAUUUCUUAAUAAACCUUAGCGAAUAAACGAGAGGUGACGUUCCCACUGGCGCCAUGUUGUGUGUGUCAGCGAGCGGGUUAUGUGUUAAUUUAUAUGAAAUGAACUUUAUAAUAAAAUAAUUUACGACA